GAGAGAAAAAGAGGAUAAAAGCAGAGUGAUGAGAAGAACAUAACACUAACACGUGACGUGAGUUGAAAAAGAAAAAGCCCUGAAAUGAAUCGAGAGUGAUAGUGAGUGAGUCUCAUCUCAUCCCAUGCCAUUGUAAUCUCUGAAUGCGAUUCCCAAAAUGGCGAAGCCAACCACUUCUCCGACGACGUCGUUUCCACCGAUCAAGGCUGAGCAAUACUCACACAGCCCAGUUCACUACGCCGUAGCAACAAUGAACCACACCGUGCUUUCUAGAAUCAUCUCCUCUCUUCCCCGUUUACCCGACCCGAAUCAAAUCCACUCCGAAUCCGAUUCACUCGCUCAGGAACGAAUCGCCGACCAAAUCUCCGCCGUGCUCGACCGCCGCGAUGUUCCGUUCCGGGAGACUCCUCUCCAUCUUGCUGUCCGCCUCAACGACCUCUCCGCCGCACGCGCGAUUGCUACUGCCGGAGCUGACAUCUCGCUGCAGAAUUCCGCUGGAUGGAACCCCUUGCAGGAAGCGCUCUGCCGUAAGGCGUCUGAUAUCGCUGCUGUGCUUGUUCGCCUCCACCACCGCUCUGCCUGGGCGAAAUGGCGCCGCCGUCUUCCUCGUCUGGUAGCCGUGCUGCGACGCAUGCGGGAUUUCUACAUGGAGAUCAGCUUUCAUUUUGAAAGCUCUGUUAUCCCCUUCGUCGGGAAGAUCGCGCCGUCGGACACCUACAAAAUCUGGAAGCGUGACGGAAACCUCCGCGCUGACACCACACUCGCGGGGUUUGAUGGUCUCAAGAUCCAGCGCGCUGAUCAGAGCUUUCUCUUCCUCGGUGACGGCGACGGCGUUCACAACGUCCCAUGCGGAUCGCUGCUGGUGCUCAACCGCGACGACAAGAGAAUCUUCGAUGCGUUCGAGAAUGCAGUAGGUCCGAUGAGCGAUUCCGAUGCGGCGGGGUUCUGCGCCCAGACGAGUGUUUACCGGCCGGGAAUGGACGUGACGAGGGCGGAGCUGGUGGGAAGGACGAAUUGGAGGAGGCAAGAGAAGACGGAGAGUGUAGGGGAGUGGAAGGCCAAGGUGUACGAAAUGCACAACGUUCUGUUCAGUUUCCGGUCACGGAAAGUCGUAGCCGGCGGGGAAUCUGACGUGGCGGGGAGCGAGCAGGUGCUGCCGUUGGAACUCGAUGAAGACGAAGACGGUUUUCUGGUGGCGGAGAAUCCCAGCUUUGGAAUUCCGGUGGGUGAUUGCGACAAGAGAAGACACAGUAGCUUCGUUCGAGAAGAUAGGGAGUGGGUCCCACAGGGGAGAAAAAGCGUGGACAUGCCGCCAAGAAGGUCUACUUCAGCAGCGGUUAGAAUGGCACCGGCACCGGCGCAACCGCAACCACCGCCGGCGACGAAGGACAAGGAGUAUCUUAAAAGCUUGAGGCCGUCAGUGUGGCUGACGGAACAGUUCCCUUUGAAGACGGAGGAACUUCUGCCGUUACUGGACAUUCUGGCUAACAAGGUGAAAGCAGUGAGGAGGAUGAGGGAGUUGCUCACCACCAAGUUCCCGCCGGGAACUUUUCCGGUUAAGGUGGCUAUCCCGGUGGUCCCUACGGUGAGGGUGGUGAUCACAUUCACCAAGUUUGUGGAGCUGCAACCUGUGGAGCAAUUCUACACGCCGUUAUCAAGUCCCAGGCAUUUGCUCAGUGUAGAUGAUGAUCAUCAGGAACCAGAAAGCCGACACCGUUCUUCAUUCUCAGCCUCAUCCAUGUCUUGGCUGAGACGAAAUAACAGCCAAUCAGGGAGUAAGCAGCAGCAUCAAUUGGAUUCAGAUCCGUUUGCUAUUCCUGCUGGGUAUGCUUGGACUACUAGUGGGGAUGAUAGCUCCGGGAAAUUGAAAAAGUCCAAGUCUAUGAGAAGAUCCAAGUGACAGAAGAAGCAGCAUAACCAAGGGAGUACUACUACUCAUGAAGUUGAAAGAAUUCCAUAGUGAGACAUCAAUUACUGUAUCAGAAUUUGUCCCCAAAGUUGCAUCCAUUAUGUAGAUAUCUCCAUAUAAUUUUGCUCUUCAUUUUUUUAAUUCAACCGGGGGAUUUGAGAUAAUGGUGUUCAUAUAGGUUGGUUUUGCAGCAAAUUGAUUGACAGAGGGUACUUAGAACUGUCUUACUUUACUCAGAUAUUUGUUUCAUAUAUAAUCUGAACUACAUAGAAAUUUUAGCAUAUCAUUUUCUAUUUGUUGCUUUA